AUGGAGAAUAAAGAUUUAGCAGAGCAAAAUGAAGUAGCUUAAGAAUAAAAGACCUCUGUAGUAGGAUCAGUUGUGUCUGAGUCUAAUGUAGAUACAGAUACUUCUAUUGACACUAUGCCAAAAGAUAACACUACUUAUAAGCUCAAGGAAUAUUGGGACUUUAGAUUUACUAAAGAAUAGAAAUAUGAAUGGUUGGCUUCAUACUAAGAUAUAAAAGAUGUUCUUUCUUAGCAUGUAAAAAAAAGUGAUAAAAUCCUUCUUGUUGGAUGCGGAAACUCAUAAUUAGGACCCGAAAUGACAUAGGAUGGAUAUGAAAAUGUUAUUUCAUCUGAUUUUAGUGUUACAGUUAUAAAAAAUAUGAGCGAAAAAUUCCCAGAGCAAAAAUGGGUAGUCAGUGAUGUAAAAAAUUUAAAGGAAUUCUAAGAUGGAGAGUUUGAUGUUGUUUUUGAUAAAGCCACAAUGGAUGCUUUGGUCACUGAUGAAGGUAGUUGUUGGAAUCCUAACCAAAAAACUGUGGAUGAUUGCUCCGAAAUGUGUCAAGCUGUCCACAGAGUCUUAAAGAAAGAGGGUAAGUUCUUGUAGCUUACAUUUUAAGAUCCAUACUUUAGAAAAAGAUAUAUUUUAAACCCUGAAAUAGAUUGGAAGUAAACCAAUUAUCAUAAAAUUGAUACCGGACUUGGUUAUCACUUCUUUGUUAUUCAAAAAAAUUGA